AUGGCAGAUGCAAUUGAAACAGAAUGCAGUAAAUGUAGUAAAAAACAAUUGGAAGGAUCGCAGUUUAUAACUCAAUACAUAAUUGAAAACAAACCAGAAAUUUGGUCUGCGAUAGAGGAAAAAUAUAAUCCAAGUGGAAGCUACAAAAGAAAAUACCUCGAGAUAAAAUCCAGCGAAGUCAAAGCAGAACCUUUGUUUGAUAAUUAA